GGGGACUACGGGUCGGCGUUGGGCUCAGUGGGCUCGAAACAAAGGGCUAUCCGGUGGGGACUCGCCGCGGCGCUUUUUGACGGGUCAGGUCGAGGCUUCUCGGCCUAGCAGUGCCCUCGCUGCGCGAUCUCAGGCGGGUUCUCCUCGGCUCCCUGCAGCCCGUGCCGCGGUGGGGGGCCCGGCGCAGCGGCACCUGCUGCCAAGGGACCCCGCGGCCCGCCCCGGUGCUCAUGAUGGGGCUGAUCUUCGCCAAACUGUGGAGCCUCUUCUGUAACCAAGAACACAAAGUAAUUAUAGUGGGACUGGAUAAUGCAGGGAAAACCACCAUUCUUUACCAAUUCUUAAUGAAUGAAGUGGUUCAUACUUCUCCCACCAUAGGAAGCAAUGUUGAAGAAAUAGUUGUGAAGAACACUCAUUUUCUUAUGUGGGAUAUUGGUGGUCAGGAGUCUCUGCGAUCAUCCUGGAACACAUAUUACUCAAACACAGAGUUCAUCAUUCUUGUUGUUGAUAGCAUUGACAGGGAACGACUAGCUAUUACAAAAGAAGAAUUAUACAGAAUGUUGGCUCAUGAGGAUUUACGGAAGGCUGCGGUCCUUAUCUUUGCAAAUAAACAGGAUAUGAAAGGGUGUAUGACAGCAGCUGAAAUCUCGAAAUACCUCACCCUUAGUUCAAUUAAGGAUCAUCCAUGGCACAUUCAAUCUUGCUGUGCUCUCACAGGAGAAGGGUUAUGCCAAGGUCUAGAGUGGAUGACCUCCCGGAUUGGUGUGAGAUAACUUUUUUGCUUGAAAGAGACUGCUCUAUUUAUUGUGUGACAUGAACAUUUUUUCCUAGUACCUUUGGCUGCUAAGGCAGCAGCAUGUUUAAUUUAUAACAACACAAACCUCUGAGAGCAACACUUGAAUCAAGUGCAGCUGAACUGGAACAUAAAAGGUUUUUUCUUAACUUUUUUUUUUUUUAAUACACUAAUCUUCAGUUGGAUGAACAUAAUGUAUAACUAUGUUUUCAGCAACAAUUCUUCUGUUUAUUCUAAUUAUUCAGUGACUACCUUGUAAGAAAUGUUUGUCAUAUGCGUGAUGUCGUCUGAAAUAUUCUUAUAACCUUAAUGACCAAUUGCUUUCAAUUCUUGACCACCACGCCCUCCCAACCAGAGAAUUACUGGUUUGAUAGAGUAGUCAUGGAAACCAUCAGGUACUGUCUGCAAACUUCUCCAGCACUAAAUAUUUGUUCCUUCUAUAAACCAUUCAUCUUUCGGACAGAACUUACUAUAAAGAAAGAAAUCUGCCUAGAGGAUAUAUGUAAGGAAGAUUCCACAUCAUGAGUGCUUGCCUUUUAACUUCCCCCACAUUACUGCGAGUCAUGGAAUAAUAUUUAAGUUGUUAUUUGCAUGGAAAUUAAGUAGGCUGUUUAUUUUUCUAAAGGAAUCAAGUUCACUCUUCUGCCUGCAACAUUUGGUCAAAAACUAACCAAGGUAAAAUAUUUAUUGAAAAGCCCAGCUUUGAUGUUAAAUAUUCUUGAAUAAAUCUGAUAUUUUAAGAACGUCACAUUAUUCAAUGCAUAUAAAACUAUCAGAAGUUAAUAAAGCAUACCGGCACUAAAAAUAAGACAAUUGGAAUAUAUUUCAGUCUCAGUUGACAAACAACUUUAUUAUCAACAGAAAUUUUAGCUCUUUUCUUUGCAAGAUAUAUCACAGCUACUUUGGGCAGUAGCUAAAGCUGAAGUAUGAACAGUCCAUUUUGUUUCUUACAAUUUGAAGUUGUGUCUGUCAUAACAUUUUUACCACCAGCAGUAUAUUACUUAAAAAAACUACAUGGGUUUCCUUGAAUUUAUUUGACGAUAUUAUGUAAUAGACUUGAAACAAUUGCCAUCUUUGUAGUUACGCCUUGGGUUCUAAAAUCGUAUCAGAAACUGCUGAAUUUAAUCCUAGCUUUCAGAAUAUUAAUAUGAGACUCAAAGUUAAUAUUCUUAACAACUUAUAAAUUAAAAAGUCAUCAUCUAUCAAAAGUUUAUUGGAUGGCAUUAAAAUGUUUUUGAGGCAGUUGUCUAAUAUGAACAAUAAUCUAGACAGUAUAUUCCUUAAGAGGAAAGACAAGUAUUGUAUUUCGAUCCUGUUUAUUCAAAUGUGUGAUUUUGCUGAAAUGAAAGGGAUAAAAUGAAUACUUAGAGAAUAAUACUUCAUUUUUGCAGUAUUUUUUAAUUUUGAUGAAAAAGAUUCAGUGUUCGUAAUCUCAAAAUAUGUUUUCAAAAUUGGUAUUUUAUUUUUAAUAUUUUUGUAGGUUGAUUUAAAUUUUGCUCUUUUUUCAGGUGUUCUUGAUUUAUUAUAUUUAGUCAAGUUAAUUUAGUCGAAUGUGGUAACAUUUUUCUGAUUUAUCUUUAGCUGUAGCACACUCUUGAACUGAACAGUGGCCAGAGGAAAGCUUUCUGGACUUUGGAAAGCAGUUAACUUUGUUUUAAACCUUUUUCUUAGUGAUUCUAUAUCAAGUAGAGGAUAAGUUUAGUUUAACUUAGUUUUUAAUAUAACCCAUAAUCAAGAACAUGAGCAAAAAGCAGACAUAAAUCAAUAUGGAUGCUUUGUGGUGUCUGUGCGGUGUGGGGGAAUUAAGAAAAUGCCACUUACCUAAGCACAGUUUGCCUGAAUUUCUACUUGGUUAUGUUGUUUACCAUAAGUACUGAGGAUAAUUCCCCUAAGUCUGUCCUGAGAAAAAGCAUACUUAGUAUUCCUGUAUUUGUUCUUACGAAAUGAUUAUCUGCCUUCUUGUAUCUAGUAAGAUUGGCUGGCUCAAUUUUCUUCUGUCAGAUUAUAUGGUUAUUUUUUAUAUUGCCACAUCAGCAUUAUAUUAAAAGUGUUUUUAAUAGUUAAUUGUAUUUUGCCAACUACUAGUAUAGACUCAAAUUUGCUAUUUAAUUUUUAAAAUACAAUUUAUUUUCUAAAUCCUUUAAAAAAUAUUUGGUUAGUUUUGGAUUAGAAGUGAUUUAUGUUAGCCAUGUGUUGAAGAUGAAAUUGGCAUCAGUGUAGACUGUGCUGAUUGGGAAAAGUUCAUGAUUAGGAAAUUCAUGUAAGACUUUUUAAGAGUAUUUUUUAGGUUUUCACUCAAUCUUUCCUGUUACAGUAACGUGAAAACCAAUUAUUCUUUACUCCAAGAGAAUGUUUUAACCCAAGCAAGUAUCUAAUACUAGAGCAUUGGUUCUGCCAUUCAUUGUAAAUCAAUGAACUAUAAGAUACUGUCUGAAAAAUGUACAUUUGUAAUUAGUGCCUUUAUUCAUAUUUUGAAAUACAUUCUUAGUUUUAUAUUAUACCUGUUCUUUGGAAGUCACAUUAGCAGCUAAUUAUUUCAAUGAUGAAAUAAUUUGUGUUUCAUAUCCCCCUUCACCUCCAUGUAUUGGCUAGCACAGUUUAGAGUAAGUGAAAAGCAGGGGACUGUUCUACCUUUUAUUUUUAAUUUGAAAAUAAGGAAAUUAAAUUUCAACAGAAAUCUUUUAAGUAUGUUAUAACCAAAGUGUUCAGUUAUCCUUGCAAGUUCAAAUACAGCAUUUUUCUUAAUUUUGAGCAUGUCAUGUCCUUCAUCUUUAAACCCAUCAGUCAUACUGAAGCCCAUUUGAGAACUCUUAGAAUUAAUAGAACCUUUUAUAAGGGAAUAUGCUGAAUAUUUUUUAUUGUUAAUGUAACUUAAUUCCUUAAAACCUGGAAUAUUAAUAUAUAUAAUCUAUUAAAAACUGAAGAUGAAAUAUGUAAUUUUUGCUUGUAGUUUCUUGUGUUAGUAUGCUUAAAGGUAUCAAUAUUUUUAUUCUAUAUUCAUUAGAAGAAAGGUAAGAAAUUUAAGUUUCAUUGCUGAAAAAUUUUCAGUGGGUGCCACCCCAUAGCCAUAGUCAUUUUGAUUAAGCAUAAUUUAACUUUCAUUAUAGCAUAAACAGAAAAUAAUUAUUUUACUAUGGAAACAGUGCUAGGCAGUGCUGUAAACAAUAUUCUCUGAAAAGUUGUGGGGCUCACGAAGAAAAUUUUAAAGAAUGUAGAAGCUUUUUUAAAAAAUAUUUGUAGUUUCUUAGGACAAAUUAUAAAUAUAAUUGUUCUGAAUAAUCAAUUUUUAUUUAGUCCUUAACUAUGUAAAACCAUAUCAGUAGAAAGAUGUACUGGUGUCAUGUCUUAAGAUGGAUAAAUUUCAUUGGAAUUUAUCUUUGAAGACUAACUUUAUGAGGCAGACUGUUCGUCUACGGCUUUGGAACCAAAAAAACUUCACCCUGAUUCAGUUCUAAAGGCUAUUUUACAUUUUGCCGGGGUAAAGUGACUUCAAGAUACAGCAUGGUGUCUUGUAUCUAGUAGAAUAUUGUGCUAUCUAAAAAAGUGGAUUUGAGCUCUAAUUUGGCCAUUUCUCAGUUGUCUGGUUGACCUUAGACAAUUCGUGUCCACGGUUUUCCUUUUGUUUUUCUCAUACUGAGGAACUUAAACUACAGCUCUAAAAUGUCUUUUGGUUUUAAAAUUCUGAAUUCUUAUAUACUACUAUUAAAAAUUAAAAAUCUCCCAAAUAGUAGGGAAAUACAUGUAAUAUGAAAUUAAAUGUAUCUUUAUCCAUUAUUUGAUUCCUACCUGUUAUUUUAUUUAGAUUAUGAAUACAGCCAAGUAGGGAAAAAAGUAUCAGUAACUGCUAUUCAACUUAAAUUCAGCGAAUAGCUAAUGACAAUGCAAAAGAGAAAACAAGCCAUAUUGCUAAGAGAAGGAUAGUAAGCUGCUUAGAAAGAACCAGCCUGUGUUGGAAGUAAUUCUCUUCUAGAGAAUUUACCUUAUUUUCCUGGCUUGUACUAAUUGAAUGUAAGUGGUUAGUUUGUUCAGAGUUUAUUGCCUUUUGAUGCCACCCCAAACUACAGUUCUGUGUGACUUUCCAUAUUGAAAGAGUAGGGUCAGUAGCCAGGUUGUCAAUCUUUUACAAAUGUCUACAUAAAUCUGAAAGUGGUUUAUAUUCAAGGUUAGUUUUUCAGUAGUGUCUCAUCCUUAUUGAUUCACUAUUACUGUGAAAAGUGAAAUCCAAAAGCCAGGUUCCCCCCAAAAGUAUUUUUUUUUUAAUUUUAGGUUACCAAAAUAAAUAGAAAAAGACAUAAAAAAAUCUUCAACUAUUCCAUUUUAAAUUUAAAGCAGGAAAAAAAAAAUUGUGCCCAUCAGACCUAAAGGCAGCUUUAAGUGUAUAUAGUUUGGUGAAACAUUUGGGAAAUAUUAAUUUUGGAGGUUUAGAAGCAUACCGAAAAACAAAUUCAAAGCACUUGCAAGUAAAGACAAUACCAUGGGGUCGAAAAAUCUUCAAAAGGAUAUUAGAUAAGAGAAAAUGUGAAUGAAAGCAAUGAAUUUCUGCCUCUCCCCGUAUUUAAGGUACUUAAAAUUACUAGAAAAUACAGUCUUUUUACCGUAGAGCUAGAUGGCCUGUAUUAUUAUUAAUGUGGCCAAAGGAGUGAAGACUGAUUAGGGAUUUAGAAUUUGGAACUGUAGUCACAUGAAGGCAUCUUUUGCAUUUCUUAAACUAGUAAUCUACAUUUUCUCCUGGAAAUGGAGAAAUAUAAAAUGUGCUGUGUAUAGCUUUUGGAAUAGAAAACAAAGUUUUAAAAGAAUGGAUAUGUUUUCUUGCACAACUUGUAAAAUUUUAAUUAAAAAAUUACCUCAUUUUUCUACCCAUAAGGUGCUUUGCUCAAGUAUGUGGGAUGUUGUACCAUCCCAUAAAAACCCCCUUCACCCAAACUGUAUUUGAAAUAUGCAGAAUUCAUAACUAAGGGAUAGCAUUCCUUGGAGAUUUUGUUUUGUUUUACUCUUGUUUGCCACCAGCUGGGCCAACAUGGUAGAUAUAUCAGAUACACAUACGGUUUUCAUUAAAGCACAUAGGAAAGUGCUCGGUCAAUAUUUAAUUAGUUUAAUUAAAUAAGGGAAAGGAGAAAUCCUAAAUUGGAUUGAUUCUAUUGUACUGUGAAUAUAUUUCCAUCAGUGUUGGUAAGAUAUCAAAUGACCAUCAGUUGAUCCCAGUCAUCAGUGACUUUUUUGCAUGUGUAAGCCCCAUUCACAAGAGACAUAAUCAUUUUAGUCUUUAUAUUUUCCCUCAGGAAAUGUAGGGACUCCGAAAGCCCCUAUUUUAUUCUCUUGGAGUAAACUGUUGAGUGUAGUUACAAAAACUUGUAUUUAUGAUUUUAAAAAAGUUUAACUGCUAUUUCAUUGAAAGUGUGAAAUGGUCAUUUUUUUUUCAAUUACAGAAUAGUUACAGAUUUUACCAUGUUCAUCUGUUCCACAGAGCAUGUUAAAAACAACAACAACAACAAAAACCUAACAGCAAUUACAACCUCGGUGUUGGGUUUAUUCUAAUCAGAGUGAAUGAUUAUAAUCACACUUUGCUAUUGUAGCAUAAAUUGGUGCUUUAGAGCAUUAAAGAGGAAGCAGCAGGCCCUGUACUCAAUAUUUAUUAUUUCUUGCCUCAGAAUGCAAAACAACUUUAAAGUGUCUGUAUUCAUAUUUAUGUGCAUUUCUUAAGAUUUAAAUACAAACUGUUGUUACUCCUCAAGCUUCAGACUUUCUGCGAAAGCUCUAAGAAUAUUUUAGUUUCUAUGCUUGGUCAACUAGAAGAUGGUAUUAAUAGGUCAGAAUUAGGAAUUGGAUGGCUCUGUGGGUCCUCUGGUAUUGUGCAGAGGAAAGAAAAAUAUCUUUUACACCACAGACUGCACGUCUGAACCCCAGCCAAACAGAUGUGUUCCAUUGGUCCAAUAUAUAAGCAUUAACAACAACAACAAAAAUUUAAAGCAAGUAAAUUAAUGCAUUCACAUUAUCACUUCUUGAAAAUGGUUCAAAGCAUGUUUUCCUGAUGGUGGGAUUGUUUAAAUGCCAUGUUUUAAAGUUUUUAAUACUUUAUUACUGUUAUGAAGUGCUUCUUUUAUAUGUUAAGUUUAGGUUGCCAAUACUUGUAAUUUUUAUUUUUGCAAUUAUGUUAUAAUGAGUUGUUUGCAUGCCUAUUUAACCCAAGUAAAAGGAUGCUAUUUGCUCUGGAAUGUUCAUCUUUUAGACAGGUUUUGGCUCAUUUCCAAUCAUGGUGCAAUAUAGUGUAACUUUCAUUUGUUUUCAUUCAACAGUUUUAUUUUUGUCAUAAUAAAUAAUUACUUUUCCAAUA